GACGCAUCAUACAAAAGUAGGAUCCACGGCGUAAGAUUGCCAGCGACUCCUCUUCGUAUCAUUGAUUGGUGGGAAGGGCAACGGGGCUAGGCCAAUUCGCCAAGGUUCAUCUCCAGCACGAGGUCUGAGACAAAAAUCGGUUGACCAGCAAUCCAGAUGCCAUUCAUCAAUGCAUCCAGGAGCCUUCGAUAGCUCUUGUCUCCUUGCAGAUAGUGCGGCGCUCGCAUCGAUGGGAGAGUAGAAAGGGGCAACUCUUUCGGAUCACAUUCACCACGACCAUGCAGUUCGCUUUACCUCCGCGGAAGAGCUCAAAUCCUCCCCUGUAUGCUCGACCUUCACCAUCCUCAGCCCUACGGCGUCGACAACUCAAAUCCGUUGCUGUUCUGGGGUUCAUAAUCAUUUCUGUUUUCUUCUUUAUUUCCCAUAUUUUUUCCUCCGGUGAUUCUUCGACGACGACGGUUGCUAGUGGGCCAAAAGUGGUGCUGGUCACGGUUCUGGACGAGCAAAGUUUAAGUGAUAAGUACAUCCAGCGGAUCAAGCAGAAUCGGGAGGACUAUGUGAAACGACAUGGGUACAUCAACUUCUUCGCAAGUACAUCGGAAUACGUCUCCGUCCUUAACAAUGCCCCUCGAAGCUGGGCAAGUGUUCCGGCCGUCCGGCAUGCGAUGACAUUAUAUCCCGGAAGCACCUACUUCUUCCACCUCUCGCCUCAUUCACUUAUCAUGGAUCCCACGAUACCUAUAACCUCACACGUUCUCGAUCCCAAGCAGCUCGAGUCCCUUAUGCUCAAAGACAUCCCCGUUGUGCCGCCAGACAGCGUGAUAAAAACCUUCAGCCACUUAUCCGGAAAGGAUGUCGAUUUAGUUAUUACUCAAGAUGCGGAGAACUUAUGCCCCGGUAGCUUCGUUAUCAGACAGGGGGAAUGGGCGAAAUUCUUCCUCGACGCUUGGUUUGACCCAUUAUACCGGCGCUAUAACUUUGCCAAAGCCGAAACCCAUGCUCUUGACCACAUUGUACAAUGGCACCCGACCAUGCUCGCCAGGCUUGCCCUCGUCCCACAGCGAAUAUUAAACUCUUAUAGUCCACAAUCAUCGAAAGCAGCUGCCAGCGGCAAGUAUCGCGAAGGCGAUUUUCUCAUUCGAUUCAAGGGCUGCGAAGCGGGUGGACAACGGAAUUGCGAGCAAGAAAUGGAGCCAUAUUUUCAAGAAUGGGCGAAGAAGACAGGCAAUGAUAAAUGACGAAGAGCCACUGGAAUUGAUGUCUCUGACAUGAUAUGAACAUUUUUAUUUUUUUUACUCAGCGGGGCUGCCUUUUUGCCGUCUAUCAUCUGAUUGCUCUUUUGAUUUCGUUUUUUUGGCCGGGGCAUAUCAGAAUUAUCCUUUAAUUUUACACUAUUAUUGUACA